AUGAUGAGGGCUCAGUGCUGCAUCUGUUCUGACCUGUUUGAGAACUGCCAGACUGUGAACAUCGCGGCAGUACCAUGUGGCCACACAUUUCACGAGGACUGUCUGAUGCGGUGGAUGGAGACAUCAUCCACGUGUCCCAGCUGUCGCUCAAAUGUAAAGAGAAAUCAGAUAAUUAAACGUUUGUUCUUCGAUAUUCGAGAAGACGAUUGUGAACCUGAAGAUGUGGACAGGCUGCUCAACCAGAUUGGCAGUUUGAAGGCUCAGGUUAGUGAGAAGGACAAACAGAAGCAAGAAAUUGCAGAGUCCCGAGAUUACUACUCUGCCCGAUUUGCAGCCUCUGAAGCCGAUAGGAUAGAACUUAGUGUGAAGCUUCAUGAAGCACAGAACGUGCAGGAUGUCCUGCAAAGGGAUCUCAGGCUGAUGCGAAAGGAGAAUGCUGCAUUUGCUGAAGAGCUGAAGGAGUUCCGAAAAACACAGAAGCGACUGCAUGAACUACAGAACAUUGAGUCAAUUCUGACAGGUUGCGACUCUGAAAUCCAAGACGUUGUCAGUCAGUACUCCGAGGCUGGUGAAUCAUCCGUUAAGCAGCUGGCUAGUCUAGUGACAGUCGUAAAGAGGGAGUACACCAAGGCGGAGAAAGACAACAACGAAAAUCGACGGAAGCUGGUACAUCUCAGGAAUGCUCUGCGACACAAUAAGACAGAAGGCAGCCAGAGUUUCCACCGAGCUCUGAAUGAGGAUAGUCCCAAUGUGGCAUAUACUCCACCAAGAUUUAUAGAUAGGUCACAUGAUCUGCAAGAUGAUGACGAAAAUGGGAGCCAGAAUUUUUGCCUGACACCCGAUCUUUUUGAUGAUUCGCCCAGUUUACAUCGCAGUAAUCUAAAACGCAAAUGUUUGGAAGAAUUAGAGGGACCGAAAUUAAAGUUCGCUAAUAUUCCAACAGCAGCAGAACGUCUCCAAGCCGGCAGGAAGAGCAGGGCAGAAAUGCAACAGGAUGAUCCUCCGAGUCUUCCGCAAGCUGUGUUAAACAUCUUAAAGAAAAAACUGACUGCACAGUCAAACUCACGGGCCCACGUAUCAUCUGUAAUAACACGAGGAUAUGAUGGAUUUGGAGGUUCAGAAACAUAUGUGCAUACACAGGGUCCGAGAAGUGGCGCCCUCUUAAAAUCAAACCCGAAGAAAAUUUUUGAUAGACGCAACACCAAAAUGGAAAAUGUGCUCUCAAAACUGCAUGGCAAACAGCCUCAUAUCAGCCGGUUUGUUCAAGCUCAUUGUCAUUCCGUAUUGCCACCGUCAUCUUCUCCUUCAUCGUUGUCAUCUGCAGAGGAUGGCGAAAAUGGUGAAGAAAUAAAAUCUAAAGCACAAAUGGGGAUGAACAAACCUCCAAAAAAGUACAGAUUGUUGGAUACACAAAACCUGCAUCCCCCCAUGACAAUGAAAGCAAUAAUAUCAUCAUCAUCUGCAGAAGAGGGCGAAAAUGGUGAGGAAAUAAAAUCUAAAACACAAGCGGGGAUAAACAAACCACUAAAAAAGUACAGAUUGUUGGAUACGCAAAACCUGCAUCCCCCCAUGACAAUGAAAGCAUUAACAUCAUCAUCAUCUGCAGAGGACAGUGAAAAUGGUGGUGAAAUAAAAUCUAAAACACAAGCGGGGAUGUACAAGCCCCCCAGAAAGGAAAGAUUGUUGGAUAGGCAAAACCUGCAUUCCUUUAUGACAGUGGGAGCAUUGACAUCAUCAUCAUCUGCAGGGGAGAGUGAAAAUGGCGAGGAAAUGAAAUUCAAAACACAAGCGGUGAUCAGCAAACCCAGAAAAAGAGACAGACUGUAUGAUAUGCAAACACUGCAUCCCUUCAUGUCAAUGAAAGCAUCAGCAACAUCAUCAUCAUCAUCACUGUUGACUGAUGCUCCGAAACUGUCAUCAGACCUUGACUUUAUUGAUUUAACCUAA